CCCAGUUUCAUCACACCACCGCAUAUGGAGCACCAAAAACCAUUGUUUGACUCCACCGCCCAAUAAAACCACGUGCCCGAAUUGAUCACCAUCCUCUUAUCCUUCAAUUCCCUACCUCUAUAUAAACAUACUCCUCCAUCUUCACCUCCACCAAACCUUCUUACCCAGUUCAUUGACUUCAUUCCUUUCCUAAGAAAAUUAACCAUCAACCCUGCAAUGGCUUGCUCAAGCUCCCCAAGACCCACAAAAGUUCAAGAGUUCCAUGUGUAUGAGAUCAACGAACGAGACCGUUCGAGCCCGGCUUACCUCAGUCUAAGCCAGAAACCUGCACAUUCGCUCGGAGAUCUCGUUCCCUUCACUAAUAAAAUAUACACCGGAGACCUUGAGAAACGCUUGGGAAUUACAGCAGGACUUUGCAUUUUGAUAGAAAGCAAGCCGGAAAAGAAAGGCGACCGAUAUGAGGCCAUGUACAGCUUCUAUUUCGGGGACUAUGGUCACAUUUCGGUUCAAGGACCGUACUUGACUUACGAGGACACCAGCCUGGCCGUGACUGGUGGUUCGGGGAUAUUUGAAGGAGUGUAUGGACAUGUGAAGCUUCACCAGAUUGUGUUUCCGUUCAAGAUCUUGUACACUUUUUACUUGAAGGGGAUCGAGGACUUGCCUGAGGAGCUUACAGCUGGGAAGCUUGUGGAACCAAGCCCUAGUGUUCAGCCCAGCCCUGCUGCCAAGGCUUGUGAGCCCCAAGCUACUGUCUCUAAUUUCACAAACUAGUUCAUAGAUUCAUGGUGAUGGUGAUGAACUGAAGAUGAGAGGACAUGCAGUUAGAUGGAUUCCCUUCACCUUGUGUGGGUUUAUGACUUUAUGCUAUAAUAAUGCGAAUUUGAAGGCCAAUAAAUCAGUUUCACCUAUUUUUCUAAUGGUUUGAUCAUAUGAUAUUUGUCUACUUGAUAAACUGGUAACAAACCAGAGGAAUAGUGUUGUGCUUCAAAAUCUAAAAAACAGAGAAAAGUGGUUUAAAAUC